GGAGUGUUCUUGUGCCAUAGCGAGGUUGGGGAGGGUAUGUUUGUGAUCUCUCCGGAGACAGCCUCCUCCUUCCUCUUUUCCCUUACUCUUCACCUUUCACUCCACGGAACCUAAAAUGCUAAGGUUCCGUGUCCCAAUUCUCAAACAAGUACCAUAAUAAUAUAUAAAUUCUAGUAUUAUUCUUAUUUUGUGUGCUAGCUUGCCUGCGUUUUGAUGUAGUUUUUCUGGUUGUACGGUGUUUGCGUUUAGUUGGUUUUGGCUGAGUCAAUUCGUCGACACGAAAGAGGAGAGAAAAACUUAAGUCUGAUUUGUGCUUCUGGUUUUCAUUGGGGUCUGGCUGGUGGUGCUUUUUCUGUAGCUUCUCUUUGAGAAAGUUUGGAUUUUUAUCUUAUCGUUGAGAACAACAAUGGCGAAUGGAGAAGAGAAAGGCAAUGACUUCUAUGCAGUUAUGGGAUUGGAUAAGGAGUGCACAGAAUUAGAGCUCAGGAAUGCUUAUAAGAAACUCGCAAUGAAAUGGCACCCAGAUCGUUGUUCAGCGUCGGGGAAUUCAAAGUUCGUGGAAGAGGCUAAGAAGAAAUUCCAGGCAAUUCAGCAAGCCUAUUCUGUUUUAUCUGAUGCCAAUAAGAGGUUCUUGUAUGACAUAGGAGUCUAUGACAGCGAUGACGACGACAUUGGGAUGGGAGAAUUCUUGAACGAAAUGGCAGCAAUGAUGAGCCAAACAAAACCAAAUGAAAAUGGGGAAGAGAGCUUUGAGGAGUUGCAACAGCUGUUUGAAGACAUGUUUCAAGGUGACAUUGGAUGUUCUGGAAGUGACUCCCACACUGCUGCUUCUAGUUCUACUUCGUCCACGACAACUACGUACAUGACUUACUCCGAAAGUUCCGGUUCUAACAAACGCAAUUCCUCGGAGAUGAACGUUGGGAAGAAUGUGGAUUCCUCUGACUUUGAGGCCACCCUCCAGGACUUCUGUUUAGGGACAGGUGGAUCGGCUACAAGACAUAAAGGAGGGAGGAGGUGUGCGAGGAAGAGGUAGCAGUAGACGUAGACAUGGUCGGAAGCAAAAGGUGGCAUCUGGGCAUGAUGUCUCCUCCACCAGUGACUUGUCCAGUGUAUCUGCAUAGUCACCACCUUGUCGGCCAUGCAACAGUGCUAAUCAGUCCUCUAAUCCACCUCUAUUCUUCACAAAGCUGAACUGUGAUUAAUCUAUCUGAGACAACAAUACGGGACUACAUAUAUUUAGAUAUAUAUAUGAAGAGAGUUAUUAUUAGCCGUGUUGGGGGGCGACCGAAAUGUCUAGUCUUAGAGAGGGAGGGUUGACUUGACUCGGUCUUUUGUAUGCCCCCAUUUUAGAAUCAUGCUGGAACUUGGAAUCAAAAUUGAUGGAUGGACAAUGUUAUGAUCUCUUGUAGAUGUGGCUUGCUUUUGCAGGUUGAGCUCAGAAGUAUUUUAUUUGGUAAUGUUAUGGUACUUUUAUAUGGAAUGUAUAAUGAAUAAUAUGAGAAUGUGGGGUGAUGAUGGUGAGGGUGAGAUAUUUGAGAUGGAAUUGUCAGAUGGUGGUGGUUGUGGGAAAAGGACAUGUUGGGACGAUGUUGAUGAGUUGAUGAUGGCAAGUCAAGCCAGAGGACAAGGGAGAAAAAUGGCCGCUGGCUUCUUUUUGUAAUCAAUGAAGGGCCCCACAGCACGUGGGCAGAGACCCCCCGUGUGAAUUCCAAGUUUGUGUGUUGUAUAUCA